AUGUCCAAAGGUCUUAUCCUCAUCUCGGGCGUGAACGGCUACAUCGCCGCGCGUACCGCAAAGCACUUCCUCGACAGCGGAUACUCAGUCCGUGGCACCGUUCGUAAACUCGCGUCUGCACAACCGCUGCUUGAAGAUGCUCUGAAAGACUAUGCUGAAGCCGGGAAAUUCGAGGUUGUUGAAGUCCCUGACAUCACUGUUUCAGGGGCUUUUGAUGAAGCUGUUAAAGGAGUCACGGGAAUUGCCCACAUGGCCUCCCCUGUAUCAUUCUUCUUCAAAGACCCGGACCCGAUCCUCCACGCCGCUAUCAACGGGACUAGAACUAUGCUCGAUUCUGCCCUGAAAGCUGGCUCACAGCUUAAAACGGUGGUUAUCAUAUCUUCCAUCGCCGCUGUCAAAAACCAAUCUCAACCGCCAUACACCUUCACAGAGAAAGAUUGGAACGACUUCGCAGAGGCUGAAUGUGAAAGACUUGGGAAAGAGACGCCGGGGCCAAUUAUCUACAGCGCGAGUAAAGUAGGGGCGGAGAAAAUGUUUUGGAAGUUUAGAGAUGAGGAGAAACCGGGGUUUACUAUGACGGCAAUUAAUCCUGUCUUCGUAAUUGGACCGCCCCUUCUCCCACCAAAAACCGAAUCUGCAGUUUCUGAAACCAUCCGCUCCAUCUGGACAGUUUUCUCAGGCGGCCCGCUUCCAGUCGGCGUGCCUGGCCUCACUCAAACCGUCGACGUCCGUGAUGUAGCCGCUCUCAUGCUAUACCCCAUCGAGCAUCCUGAGUCGACUAACGGCGAGCGAUAUAUCGCCAGCAGUGCUGUAGGAGGAGCUCAAGCCAUGGCAGAUAUCCUACGUGAAGUGUUUCCAGAUGCAAGAGGUAGGAUCGUCGAAGGAACCCCUGGAGAGGGGUAUAAGAAGGAUUUUACAGUUGAUAAGGAGAAGAUAACUGAUAUUAAUAGUAGUAAGGCGAAGACUUUGUUGGGGGGGUGGACGGGUUAUGAGAAGAGUGUUGUUGAUACUGCGAAGACUUUUGCGGGACUGGUUUGAUCUGAG